CGCAAUUUUAGUUCUGCAGAUUGUGCAAACCCACAAAAUGUGUCCAACGUAAAAUUUACUAGCGUAACGUAACUGCCAUCAAAUCUCCAAUUUAUCAGAAAACAGUGCUUGAUUCAAAGCCAUUUACUGUGUAUUUUCUUUCGAAGUACCUUUAGACACAGAUAUUGGGUUGAUAUCUGGUCCACGGCAGCCAUGGCACAACAGAGCGACAUCGGCGAUUGGUACCGGGGAAUUCCGCUGAUUACACGGGGAUGGUUUACUGGGUCUGUGGUCGUCCCACUACUCGCUAAGUUCGGUAUUCUAAACCCGAUGUGGUUGAUUCUCAACUUUCAUCAAGUCGUGUACAGAUUUCAGAUAUGGCGACCCAUUACAGCCCUCUUUUUCUAUCCCAUAACUCCGAUGACCGGCUUUCACUACCUCAUACAGCUCUUUUUCCUCUACAGUUACUCCAAUAGAUUAGAGAGAGGUAUCUUUGAUGGCAAGCCUGCAGAUUAUUUGUUUAUGCUUAUGUUUAACUGGGCCUGCCUCGUUAUCGUUGGUUUUAUUGCUCCACUGAUGUUUUUGAUGGACCCGAUGGUAUUAAGUGUCUUGUAUGUGUGGUGUCAGCUCAACCGUGACACCAUCGUCCAGUUCUGGUUUGGGACUCAAUUCAAGGCCAUGUACCUUCCUUGGGUUCUGGUUGCAUUCAACAUGAUCAUCAGAGGAGGGGGAUUUUUUGAACUUUUGGGAAUCGUUGUCGGCCAUCUUUACUUCUUUUUGAUGUUCAAGUACCCCCAGGAUUUCGGUGGCCGCGCUUUCCUAAGCACUCCUGCUAUUUUAUACAAGUACUUUCCCAAUCGUCAAGGCGGAGUCAGUGGAUUCGGCAUGGCCCCUCCAAGCAAUCGCCCUCGUGAGGACAGAAACGAUGAGCCCGCUGGAGCACGGUAUCGAUGGGGAGGGGGGCAACAACUAGGCGGCCAGUGACCUAGAGGUGAAUGAUCACGAAAACACUCAACUGUACAUACUGCAAGUAGAGCCGCUGUGUACAAAAUUGAUUAGAGCAGUUACCUUAACCCUUUAGAGAUUAUAGCGGCAACAAAAAUGCACAUAGUGGCCGGAAGUAGCCUCAAGAUUUGACCUAGUUCUAUUCACAUAAAGAGGUCAAAGUAAAGAUCUCUGGAUACGGAAUUUUCCAAAAGUAUCCUAACUUCCAAACACAAAACAAAAUU